AUGGUUGACACACCUGUAUCGUUGAAGGGUAAGAAAUACCCAGCAAAAGAGCAUGCUAAGAAAGUUUGUAAGCACUUUAAGUGCAAGAGCAAGGCCGGUUCAAAAAGCGAUGUUGCAUUUUUCAUCAGUGGUGAAGAUUUAGAGUUGUACGAUUAUUCUGAUCAGACUAAGCCUAUUAGACAAAACAGAUACUUUUUCUACUUGAGUGGGGUAUCAAUUCCAGGGUCCCAUAUUUUAUAUCAAUGUGAGAAGGAUAAAUUGGUCCUUUAUCUCCCCAACAUCGAUGUAGAUGAUGUCAUGUGGUCUGGAAUGCCAAUGAGCUUGCAAGAGGCCCAGGAAAAAUAUGAUGUGGACGAAGUCAAGUAUGUGUCUGACUUGCAAAAAGAUCUCGAGGCCAUGGUCGACGCAUCGACAAUUUACACUACUGACAUCAAUAAAUUCAACCAGAAAUAUGGACAAUUUUUAACCGAAAAGGACGAAGACUUUUUCUUUGCAUUGGAUGAAUCUAGAUUGAUCAAAGAUUCAUACGAGCUUGAAUUAAUGCGUCAUGCUGCUGCGAUAACCGAUAAGUGUCACUUGGCUGUGAUGUCUGCUAUCCCUAUCGAGACGAACGAAACCCACAUCCACGCAGAAUUCAUGUACCAUGCGCUUAGACAAGGUUCUAAGUACCAAUCAUAUGAUCCAGUCUGUUGUAGUGGUCCAAACUGCUCCACUUUACACUAUGUAAAGAACGAUGACGAAAUUGAUUCCAGAAGAUCGAUUUUAAUCGAUGCGGGGGCCGAAUGGGAAUGCUAUGCCAGUGAUGUGACUAGGUGUUUCCCUAUCAACGGAGACUGGUCCAAAGAACACUUAGAAAUCUACAACGCUGUCUUGAAGAUGCAAUCCGUCACUAUGGAUAUGAUCAAGCCAGGUGCCAAUUGGGACGACCUUCACUUGACUGCCCACAAAAUCAUGAUCGGCGAAUUUUUGAAAUUGGGUAUCUUCAACUCCAAGUUCUCGGCCCAAGAGCUUUAUGAGUCCAAGAUCUCUGCUAGAUUCUUCCCUCACGGCUUGGGCCACUUACUAGGUAUGGACACUCACGAUGUUGGUGGCAAUCCAAACUACAAAGAUCCUGACCCAUUGUUACAAUAUUUAAGAUUGCGCAGAACUUUACAAGCCGGUAUGGUCCUCACAGACGAGCCUGGUAUCUACUUCUCUCCAUUCUUGUUGAAGGAUGUCUUGGAAGAUGAAUCGAAGAUGAAGUACAUCAACAAGGAUGUGUUGGACAAAUACUGGUACAUUGGAGGUGUGAGAAUCGAAGACGACUUAUUGGUCACCGAAUCUGGCUUCGAAAACUUCACCGGUAUCACUUCUGACCCUACUGAGAUCUCCAAGAUUGUUAAACAAGGCUUAUCUAGAGGUAAGGAGGCUUUCCAUAAUGUUAUAUAG